AUGGAGACAUCUAAAGACAACAAACACGCUCUUUCAGCUACAGAAGACGCCAUUGUGCAUGAACGAGCGCAUAGCAUUGCCAAGGGCGGUUCAAUUCCUCUAGACGAGGCUAUACUACAAGCUCAAGGCCAUGGCUCGGCCAUGCCCAGAAGAUUUUACGAAAUGGGACUCCUUAGGUUUUGGAUUCAGAACCUCGUCUAUGGCGGCCCUCAGGUCGUUGUGUUUAGUCUUCUGGCUGCUGCUGUAGUCCAGUGGAUUGUCACGCUUGGACUAUCGGAACUGGCAUCGGCUUUCCCAUCUACCGGGGGCCAAUACCAUUUCACCUAUAUCGUCGCACCGCACCGUAUGAAAUGCGGCCUCGCAUUUAUGUAUAUACUUGACACUGGUGUACUGGAAUACUGGAUGAUAGCGGCCCCCGUCUUUCUCUUUCCAAAAGCAGUCCCCAAAAUCGCCCAAAUCACCAUGUAUCUUUCCGUGAUUGGCUUUUUCGCCAACUUCAUCGUCCUCGUCGUGAUGAAGAAACAUACUAAUCCAGGCUCAUAUAUUGUCCAGUCAGGACUGGGAUCUUCAGGAUGGAGCGCAGGCACAGCAUGGGCACUGGGCGUUACAAACUCGAUGUACGCAUAUGCUGCAACCGACUCAGCAAUAGACAUUGCAGAAGAGUGUCCCUCACCCCAGAAGGUUCUUCCUUUCGUCAUGAACGUCACUAUGACCAUCGGGUUCAGCACCGCUUUCCCACUCUUUGUUUUGCUAAUGUUUGGCAUGACGGAUCUCGAUGCAGUCGUUAAUGCUGGUUUACCAAGUGCAGAAGUUAUGUACCAGGUGACCGGCAGCAAAGCCGUGUCGACUUUUCUCAUGUGCUGGGUUCUAUUAGUGUAUGUUCUUUGCGUUAUCCCACAGUGGAUUACAUGUGGUCGAACUGCAUGGGCUUUGGCUACAGAUAACGGCACUCCAUUUGCACAGUACUUCUCUCACAUCGAUACAACUAAAGACUUUCCCGUCCGCACUACAGUCUGCGCCGUUGUCUUCGUCUGCAUCUACGGUCUCCUCUAUCUAGCCUCUACAACGGCAUACAACUCCAUAGUGACAGGAGCCGUUCUAUGCCUGAACAUCACAUACGCAAUCCCGCAAACCAUCAUGCUCUUGCGCGGCCGCUCCAAAUGCCUUCUCCGUCGACAUUUAGAACUGGGGAGAACAGGAUACUUUUGCAACUUGUUCAGUCCUCUGUGGGUCAUUGUGCUAGCUGUUCUUGUCUGUUUGCCGCCUAGCGGCCCUCAGGUUGAGGUUAGCACUAUGAAUUGGACAUCGCCUAUCCUGGCGGGAUUGUUUCUGGUUACGUAUGUGCUGUGGCUGGUGACAGGUAGACACAAAUUCUAUGGGCCGAAGAUUGAUUGGGAUGCGUUGAAUUUGUCGAAUGGAUUUGAGAUGCAACUUGAUCAGUGA